AUCGCUUUGGUCAAUCGCGCGAAAUUAACUAAACUCAAACUAUUCAAGGUGUUUUUCUUCAGUUAAAAAGUAAUAAAUGAAGCCUAAUUAACAUAAUUUUUAUUAAUUUAUUAAACAUGUGAUAACUUCGUUUGAGUGAGAAAGUUAAAAAUGUUACCAAAUCCUAACAACUUCAUUAUUUAUUCUCUUUUAUUGGGAAUUUUUAUGAUAAAAUGUUUGGAUUCCUACGAUCCAAAAGAUGCAUUUGUCCAAGCGUUAGAAAAAGGAGAAAAACGUAAAGCUUGUUCAAAAGUGGGCCUCCCAAGACAACCACCAAAUCGAUUCAACUCAACAUCAAGACUUUAUGAAUUAAGGCAAAUGAUGCAAAAUCAAAUUGUUUUAAAAAAGAAACCAAUCGAUGCUUAUAUUAUUACUUCAGAUGAUGAACAUCAAACUCAAUAUGUUGCACCUUAUGAUCAACGUUUAAAGUAUAUAUCCGGUUUUAGUGGAAGUUAUGGUAUAGCUGUAAUAACAUUAACUAACGCAACGUUAUGGACGGAUGGGAGAUAUCAUCUCCAAGCGGAUGAACAAAUUAAUUGUGAUUGGUUAUUGAUGAGAAUGGGUUAUAGUAUGGUUCCAUCGGUUGGGGAAUGGUUGAAAAAAAAUUUAAAACCCGGAAAUAGAAUCGGUGCUGAUCCAAAAAUAAUUUCUGCCGAACUUUGGGGUACAUUAAAGUACCAACUUGAUGAUGUCAACGUUGAAAUGAUCGAAAUCGACCCGAAUUUAAUCGAUGUAAUUUGGAAAGACCACGAAGAGGAAUUCCAAGAGAAACCUGUUUCGAUUUGGGAUAUUCAAUAUGCUGGUCUUAGUUGGACUGAAAAGGUAAUUUCAGUUAGAAAAAAAAUGCGCGAAAAUGGAGCUGAUGCAAUGGUAAUAACAGCUUUAGAUGAAAUUGCUUGGUUAUUAAACAUACGGGGAAGAGAUGUUCCUUUUAAUCCAUUCGUAAGAAGUUAUGUUAUUUUAGCGCAAACUGAAAUUUACAUGUACGUGAAUCAAUCGAAAUUAAUUCGAAAUAAGGUCGUAAAUUAUUUAGACGCAGCAAUUGGAAAGGGAAAUUUUUCUGUGCAAUUAAAAGAUUACGCAGCUUUUUGGGGUGAUUUACCAACAUUAACGCUGCAAUGGCAAACCGUUCUUUUACCAUCAAAAUGUACAUUUACUGAAGGUGUCAGUCAAAAAGUUUAUAGUCUUGUCGACAAAAAGAAACGUCUCCCAAAACCAUCACCCAUCAUUUUUUUGAAAGCCGUUAAAAACAACAUUGAAAGAGUAGGAAUGGCAAAAGCUCAUAUUAGAGAUGCUGCUGCUAUGUGUGAAUUUAUGGCUUAUUUUGAAACAAGAAUGGAAGCUGGGGAUGAAUGGGAUGAACUUCAAGUUGCAAAUGAAUUAAAUCGAAUUAGAUACGAACAGGUUAAUUGUUCGGGAAAUAGUUUUCCAACAGUUGUUGCUUUUGGUUCGAAUGGAGCUCAACCACAUUACGAACCAAGUAAAACAACAAAUAAAAUUAUUGGGUUUAAUAGUACCCUUGUGUUAGAUUCAGGAGGACAAUAUUAUGAAGGAACAACAGAUGUAACAAGAACAAUCCAUUUAGGUGUACCAACUGAUCAAAUGAAAGACGCAUAUACUCGAGUUUUAAUAGGAAAUAUCGAUUAUGCGAUGUUAACAUUCCCAUCGAAUACAAAUCCGAGUGUAAUGGAUGUUUUAGCAAGAGCAUCUCUAUGGGAAGCGGGAUUGGAUUAUCUCCAUAGUACAGGGCAUGGAAUUGGAACAUUUUCAUCAUCACAUGAAGCGCCAAUUUCGAUAUCGUAUCAAUCAACUGAUGAAUAUUUAUUGAAAGAAGGUUAUAUUUUUACAAACGAACCUGGUUAUUAUAAUCAAUUUGGUGUUCGGUUAGAAAAUGUUCUUGAAGUGAUUAAUAAACGAUGGUUACAACAGUUAGAUUCUGGAGAGCAAUUUCUUGGAUUUGAAGUUUUAACCUUGGUCCCAUAUGAGCCGAAGUUAAUUAAUCCUUACUUAUUAUCAGCCCAACAAAUAAGAUGGUUAAAUGAAUAUAAUGCAAAAAUUCGUCGUUUAGUUGGACAUGAACUUAAAAUAAGAAAUAAAUCCCAAGCUUUUUAUUGGAUGAUGAGUAAAACUGAGCCAGUGCCUGGAAGUGGGAAUAAAAAUCUUGCUUUUAUUGGAUUUAUGUGUUUAGUUAUAACAAAUUUAUUAAUUACAUAAAAAAGCUACAUAAAAACUAGGAAAUUAUUAAAAGCACUGCCAUAAAAAUGAUUAUUUUUUAACACUAACACUUUUUUUUCUUUAUGUAGAUAAAAAUCACUCUAUUUUGUUAUUAUUUUUAUGUAGAUUAAUUUUUAAAUGUGUUCAAAAUGCUAUUUAAUUCUUAAAAAAUACAUAAAAGGCCAGUUAUUUUAUACCACC